AUGCGCCAUGCGUUCGCUACCAUAUGGAGAGAGGGCGCACAGCAUAGCAACGGCUCCCUAGGUACUGCAGGUGGUCUGCGGGCGCUGUAUAGAGGGGUCAACCCUACAACCAUCCGGGGGAUCGUGCUAUCUGUAUCACAGAUAUGCUCGUAUGACCAAGUCAAGCAGACUUUGAAGCAGAGGGGCUUGAUGGAGGAAGGCCUUGCACUUCAUUUCGUUGCGAGCAUGUUCGCAGGGUAA